UCGACGACCACCAUGCCGGGGACAUGGACCGCCGCGGAGCACAUCGGCCUGCUCAAGGAGUCGCUCCAGGCGUCCAUACCCUACACCAGCGGCGUGCAACGCGUCCGCAAGGAGGAUUUGGGCGUCUUUUAUCGGGGGCCAGUUGAACUGGGAUAUAUUGACUUCAACGCCCCGUCCGAGCAGGAGCUGGUGCGGCUGGCGGAAGCGUGCCAGAAGGCGACGUUUGGCGCAGAGAACGGGGACGUGCUCGACGAGACGUACCGCAAGGCCGGCAAGAUGGACGUGAAAAACUUUGCGGCGAGGCUCGACUUGGCGUCGACUGGGAUCCUGGAUGCGAUCGCACCGGACUUGCUCAUCGGCUAUGAGGCUGACGAAGAUGAGAGUGUGUUGAGGGCAGAGAUGUACAAGCUGAAUGUCUAUGGCCCCGGCUCGUUUUUCAAGGCUCACCAAGACACACCUCGUGCAGCCAACAUGAUCGGCUCGCUUGUCGUUGUCCUUCCAACAGACCAUGAGGGAGGGAUGCUGACGCUCUCGCAAGACGGCUCAACCUGGAUAUUCGACUCCGCCCGCCAACUCGAAGCGCACCGUGACUCGCCCAUGGUAGCCUAUAUCGCGUUCUUCAGCGACGUCACGCACACUGUCGAGCCAGUUGUCUCUGGCUACCGCGUUACCCUGACGUACAAUUUGUUCUUGACGCCGCGUUCAGCCACAGGACCAAACAACAGGCUCGUGCCCCCGCCAGAGCAAGCCUGCGAGACUUCACUCCGGGCAUUGCUCGCGGACCCGAAGUGGUUCCCCAAGGGCGGGCAUCUGGCGUUCGGGCUGACACAUCAAUACCCGAUGCCCCACCCACAGAAGCCCUCGGACAACGACGACGACGACGACGAAAUGUACGUCGAUUCGGACUCCGACUCGGAGCGCGGGCCGGAAAAGAGCCGUGUGACCGGCCCGCUGCUCGACACCGCAUUGCUCAAGGGCUGCGACGCGCGGCUCCGCAAUGCGGCCGUCCGGGCCGGGCUCAUGCCGCGCAUUCGGCUGGUAUACCGCACCCGGGAGCUGCGCCACAACGGAGAGCGCCGGUCCACGCUUGUGGUGAUGGACCAGCAGGCGACGCUGCGCACCGUGGCCACGCCAUAUGACGACGGGCCGGACGUCGACACGGAGAUCGAGCGACAGGGGACGUUGUUGACGGAGGUCGGCCCGGAGGGACGGAGGACUGCCACCAAGACCAAGACACCUGAUCAAGGCUCCCGCAGGACGGAGCUGGUGCACUGGGUGACCCCGCGGGGCAGGCAGAACCGGGCCGAGAGCGGAUUUGGCGGGUACAUGGGGAAUGAGUAUGGCCAGGGUUGUGUCUACGGUGAUGCGGAGCUGUUUAUACGCAUCCCGAAGGUAGGCGAGGAGGGUAGGUGA